AUGGCAACCGACACGGGCACAGAAAUCCUUGCCGCUCUGAACGAUCGAGCAGAAAUCCGUCUUGUGAACACAGAUGAGGAAUACAGGUUUUAUGAGCCCUUCUGUGGCACCUACUGCAACACCAUGCAUGCGGCCGCUCCUCCACUAUAUGUGGGUCCAACAUCAUCACAAGCAACGCCAUCAUCUGCAGCUCCUCCACCACUUUCUUCGAUUGCUCCGCGUCAUCCUACACCUUCAUUCAGCUCUCAUGGGGUUGACAAGGAGCAACAGGCGAAAGAGGUGGAGGAGCCGGAGAUGAAUAGGUAUGUUACAAAACAAGAGGUGGUGAAAGCAGUGGAGGAGCUGGAGAUGAAGGUG